AUUAUUACACCGUCUCUGUUUGUCACAAUAUAUCAUGACUGAUCCUCCUUUGUCAUGUUCAUGCUAUAGCUCCUAUAGCCUACACUAACAAUAACAUUAUAUUCUUACUAUUAACAAGAGAAUUAAUGGCUUUUUCAUUUUCUAGAUCUGAAUCAACUUUAACAGAGAAGGAGAAGAUUGAUCGUCAAUAUCAGCACAAAGAGACAGAGGAGAAUAAUAAGGACUCUGCAACAGUGGACAGUGGCAUCUCAAGCCAGCUUCAGUUGAAAUCCCCUUCUUAUUCUCAAACCUUAGACAAACAUGUUGUCCUUCGACGCAUCAAACAAAGAAAGUCCUAUAACAAAGCCAAAGGUGCUUUUGAAGCUCUUUUAGGCACUUUAAAAAACGAGGCAAACACUGCUCAACAACAGAACUGGCUCCAACAUGAUGACACUUUCUCUUCUCCUUAAUUAGAUAGAACCAUGCAUGCAUUAUGACCCAUCUUGAUAUGUUUGAUGUAUUGCAUGGUCUUAAAUAACUUUGGUAUCAUGAAGAAUGUGAAUAGAAUGUAUAAUUACGUUCGAUGGUUGAGAAGAACGUGCUUAUCAGUUUGAUUAAGUUUUUAAUUUGUUUUGUGCCACCAUAAACUAUGCUCAAAUUAAAUAUUGAAAUCUUAACCGGUACUAUGAACAUCUCAUUUGCAAACGAAA